AUGCUUUGGUUAUUGCUCUCAACGGAACUCUGGAUCGCUGUGUUCAGUGUGGUGACCGCUGUUUACAUUUAUCUGUGGAAUCGUCAACAAUACUUCCGUCGUCGAGGCAUCCCCUCGCCGCCUGUUGACUCGAUUCUUUCAGGCAAUCUCAUGACUCUCCACAACGGCCGCUCGCCGCACACGAAAAACUUGCAAGAAUGGGUGAAACAGUAUGGAGAUCAAUUCGGAUAUUAUGAAGGAAGUAUGAACGUGAUAUUGACAUCGAGAUUGGAUGUCAUCAGAGAUGUCUGGGUCGACAAAUUCGACAAGUUCCAUGGGAGAAAGUCAAUCAACCCAUUCCCCUUCAAUCCGGACACUGAUCAACGCGCUUCUGUUUUCAUCUCUCGCGGUCUUCGAUGGAAAAGACUUCGGGCAAUGUUCGAGCCAUCAUUCAAUCAAAAAAUGACAAGAGUUCAUCAAACAGUCUUCAAAGACAGCAACAACAAUGUGAUGGGAUGGUUGGAGAAGAAUUGUCAGCAACCGGUUGACUUCCAUGUUUUCACCCUUGAAUGGAUCUCUGACAUCAUCGAGCGUUUGUGUGUGGGAAAGCCGAUGUCGACCUUUGGAUCGGGUCCAUCCGAAGUCUCUCGUCUCAUCGAUUUGUUCUUCCAUCCGCCAUCGUAUUGGGAGAAUAAACUCUUCAGAAUCUUCAUGUCCACUUACGAAUUCUCGGACUACACUCAAUAUUUCCACAAAUUUUUGACACUUCUCGUGAAAAACCCACUCUACAAAAUCGAAUCUCGAAUGUCGAGUUUGAUCAAAGAAAAAAGAAAGAAUCGCAAGCCAGGAGAUCCGGCCCGUGACAUUCUGGACCUCUUCGUCGACUAUCGAGCCCCUGAUGAGGAAUUGAAAGAACUCCGCGUUCUUAACAAGAAAGCCGAUGCUCAAUUCCAGACUCAGAUCCGAAAAAUUCUGACCGAAGAAGAGAUUCUCUCGAUGUCGACAAUGACGAUUUUGGCAGCAGUGGAGACCACUCACACAACACUCAAACAAUUCUUCUACUCAGUAGCCGCAAAUCCGAAAUGUCAAGAGAAAUUGCAACAAGAGAUCGAUCAAUAUAUUAACUCAAGGGAAGAUAUCAACUUGGACGUAGUCGCUCAAAUGGAGUACUUGGAUUGGUGUCUCAAAGAGAAUCAACGCCUGUAUCCAGUGGCCGUGGCAGCGAUCUCUCGCGAAUGCAUGGAAUCGUGUAAAGUUGGUGACAAUGGACUCGAGCUUGAGAAGGGUGUCUUCGUUUACGCGAAUUACUACCAAAUUCAUCGCGAUCCGAAAUAUUGGGGUGAAGACGCUGAGCUUUAUGAUCCAGAAAGAUGGAACCCGCUGAACAAGCGCCUUCCCGAGAAUCUCUAUGAGGUUUAUGCACCAUUUGGACAAAAUGGAGCGCCAAGAGUUUGCCCUGGAAGACACUUUGGAACAGCUGAAGUGAAAUUGGCGGCAGUGGAGUUGCUACGGAAAUUCUCGCUCUCAUUGGCUGAGACGCCAAAAGCCGAACACGGGAUUCUCGUCUAUUCGUAUGAUACGAUCAUGCUUCGCGUGAAGAAACGUGGAGAACAUAAAAUCCCCUCUCGUAAAGCAUCAAUGACCAUGACAUUGAACAACAAUCUCAUCGAGAAUUCAUCAAUCAAUGUCCAACCAAACAAUCAACAAAAUCCUCCACCACCUCCUCAUCAAAUGGAUCCACUUGCUCAGCUCAGGAAAGCUCAUGAAUUCGGCCGCUCUGCUCCGUUGAUUCCAACUCUGAGCACUGUUCUGGAAACUAAACCCUAUUCUCGGAUCACAACAAGUGUUGUU